AUGGAUAGAUCUAUUUCCUUCAACUCAUCGUCCGCAAUUCAAACAUUAUCAAUACAAUUUCCUAAUAUAAUAAAAGUGACAUCAUUCUCAAUCGAAGAAUUACAAGCUGUUGCCAAAUUUCGAGUUUUUGAAGUCGAAGAUCAAGUCGCAUACAUUCACACUCAUGUUGAUUGUAGCUAUCUUGAAGAACUACCUCGAUCACAACCAAAACUCGAUGAGAAUCGGAUAUUUUGUUUUAUUGCAACACAACUUAACAUGUCCGAUCGCGCACGUACAGAUAAAGACUUAUCUCAAGAACAAGCUAAUACUCUUUUUCAACAGAUUCAAUCACUUUCUCUGCCUAUGAAAAAAUUAAAAUCGCAGUUUUAUAUUCGAUAUAAUGAACAAUCUUCAAAUGCAACUAUUCUUGCUUCAAAUUCUUUGUAUCAAUACAAUGUUUAUUUGCAUUUACCAGAAAAAGAACGAAUGAAGAAUUUGUCACAUUAA